CACGCUGGCAUAUAAAUGAUGCGGACCCCCCUUCUCUGCUACCGCAUCCUCCCAGUCAUCUUUGUACAUCUUUGUGAACCAUAUUAAACUUAAUUAACUGAUUUACUUCUCAGUAAAAUCAACCUGCAUCAUAUUUAUUCUAAGUAUGUCCCUCCAAGCGAAAGAAGGGAGAUAACCUGAACCUAAUCUGCUGGUACUGAACCGAACACGCUUACCCUCGGCGCUGCUCCCAACCGGCUAUGGGCGGCUUUCAACUCCCGCUCAUCGCGGUGGUGCUAACGGUCUGCUCAGCUGUCGGAAACCCGGAGACACCCGCUCAUGAAGACGGUGCUCCUCCUUCACGAAUCGCUGUGGUUGGAGCAGGUAUAGGAGGCAGCGCGACGGCCAAUUUCCUGCGCCAACACUUUGGUCCGGAGGUGCAGGUGGACGUGUUCGAGAAGGGCGAGGUCGGAGGUCGCCUGGCCACUGUAACCGUCAACCACAAUGAAUAUGAGUCUGGAGGAUCCAUUAUUCACUCCCUCAACCUGCACAUGCAGGAAUUUGUCAAACAGCUUGGUUUGAAAUACCGUCGAAAUGUGGCAGGAAAGACUGCCGUUUUUAAUAGUGAAGAGGUGAUUUUGGAGGAGACCGACUGGUACCUGUUGGAUCUGUUCCGGCUUUGGUGGCGCUAUGGGAUCAGCUUCAUACGGCUGCAGAUGUGGGUGGAGGAAAUCAUGGAGAAAUUUAUGAGGAUUUAUAAGUACCAGGCUCAUGGCUACGCCUUCAGCUCCGUGGAGGAACUCCUGGACUCUCUGGGAGGCAGCGGCUUCAUCAACAUGACCAGACGGCCGCUCUCCGACUCGCUGCUGGAGCUGGGCGUGUCGCAGCGCUUCAUAGAUGAGGUCAUCGCUCCCGUCAUGAGGGUCAACUACGGACAGAACGUCAGCAUCCCCGCCUUUGUAGGCGCUGUUUCUCUGGCUGGUGCCCAGAACAACCUGUGGGCGGUGGAAGGAGGAAACAAGCAGGUGUGUUCAGGACUCCUGAAGAUGGCUAACGCUAACUUACUGAAGGCUCAGGUCACAUCUAUCUCCCCGCUCCACUCAGGGGAGCUGCUGCAGUAUCAGCUGAACUUCACUGCAGCAUCAGGAGUCGGAUCGGAGCUGUACGACAUCGUAGUGUUGGCGACUCCGCUUCAGGCCAGCGUCGGUUCGGGACUCCAGUUCCAGGAUUUCGCCCCUCCCUUCGACGAGCUGCCCGGCAGCUAUCACGGCACCGUGGCAACAAUCGUUCACGGCUACCUCAACACGUCUUUCUUUGGUUUCCCGGACCCCCGCCUGUUCCCGUUCGCCAGCGUCCUCACGACCGAAACGCCCAGCCUGUUCUUCAACAGUGUGGCCAGCGUUUGUCCCGUCAACAUCUCAGCCGGCUUCCGGCGCAAGCAGCCACAGGAAGCCGGCAUCUACAAGGUGUUUUCACCUCAAUCUCUGGACAAAUCGCAACUCAAAACGCUUUUCAGGUCGUACUAUUCAGCCCAGGUGACGGAGUGGCAGGCCUACCCUCACUACGGCAGCAGCCAGGGCCUGCCACCUGUGGAGCUGCACCCCAACCUCUACUACCUCAACGGCAUCGAGUGGGCCGGCAGCGCCAUGGAGAUGAGCUCGGUGGCAGCCAAGAACAUCGCCCUGCUGGCGUACCACCGCUGGAACAAACAGACGGACAUGGUGGACCAGAAAGAUCUCAUGCACCGGAUCAAGACGGAGCUAUGAUCCAAUCAAUUCAAAGUGGGGAAAAGUCAGCUGUAAAAAUUUAUCUCAAAAGGAUUUUUGGGGGGGAAACUGUGAAUGUGUAUGGUUUAGUUUAUCUUAACUUGCAGAUAUUUAGCCUUAGGAUCUUUAAUCAAAGGAUUCCAAGCUUCUUGAAGUGUCUUGACGACGUUUCUAAAAUAAAACUUGCCUGUUGCUGUAAAUUAGUCAUAAAUCAACUGAAAUAAAAUGAGAACUUAUGAGACUUUUUAAACAAACAUAAAACAAUGUUUUAGUUUCCAAGUUGCUUUUGCCUGUAAAAUAAUUAGAGGAGAAUUGAUGCAUGUUGCAGGACUUUAAUGGGGUGUUUUUUAUUUUUGUUAAUCUUUCCACACAAAGAAGAAUGCCAAGCAGCCAGUUUAUAUUUUUGCUUUGAAGUGUCUGGACUGUUGCUUUGCUUCUUAGUUUUCAGAUGUGGUGAAUGUUCAUUACUUCAUGUAACUAUAAUAACUCAGUUUGUACAUAGAUGGUCCAGCAUGUCCUUCGUUUGGGGGUCUGCUGCAGUUUUAUUUGCCAAAGAAAAACUCAGAUAAAUUAGCUACUUGUUUAAAUUCACCAGUCAGUCCCAAUAAAUUAGAGCAACAUUAGAAAUGUUCAAUAUUUUAAUUCAGAAAGUAAAGCUCUUAUGAUUUAUAGAUUGAUUAAACACGCAACUAAAUAUAUUUCUGAUAACUUUAACAAAGUUAGCAUAUUUUAUAAGAACCAAU